UAUUAAAAAGACGGACCGAAUCCUGUUAGCGAAAGCUAAGCAUUAGCCUCGCCUUUGUUUGUGUGUAGUAAUGGUGUCCCGCAAACAGACGCGGGUGUGGAAGUACGUGAACGACGGCAGUUUGAUGAAACUGAAAUCAUACCUACGGAAACACACGGAUCUGGACGUGAACUUUUCCCAGGGUAAGAGGCAGAGGAGCCCGCUGCACCUGGCCUGCAGUCAGGGGGACGAUGCUGUUCUGCGGCUUCUGCUGAAACACGGAGCCGAUGUUCUCCAGAGGGACCGCAAAGGGGACACGGCACUACACGUCGCGGCCAAUAGAGCUCUUAAACACGGAAAAACGGCGUUUGAUGACCUGGUGGUGCCUCUGAGAAAGCGCUGCCCUGAAGCCCUAAACGUCCAAAACAGAGCCGGAGUCACACCGCAAGACCUGCUGAACUGGAUGAAACAUCCAGAGGCUGAAGAAAACAUGAGCCAUCCACGUGAAGCAGACCCUGAGAAGGAAUUCCUGGAGAAGCUGUUUGACGAAUGCGAGGAUGAAUUUUAUGAAACCUUUGGAGUAUAUGAUGCUGAUGACUUUCUUCCCGUUGAUGAUGACGAAGAAGACUUUGGGGACUGGGCUGAUCGCAUCCGGAAGGAAUUCUAUGAUAAAAAACACACCCAGGCCCAGAGACUCGCGGCCUCAUCUUCUGGGUGGAAAAGAAGCAAGAGUAAACGAGAGAUGGAGGAAGAAGAGCGAAGCCGCAAGGAGCUGCACAAAAGGCUGCAGAAGGAGCACGAGGAAUAUCUGGCUCGUGCAGCUCGCAAAGAGGAGGAGACUCAGCGUGGCAAGAAGCAGCAGUACGAUGAGAGGUGCGCGGCGACCUUUCAGGGUGGCGCCUCGGCAGGCAGCACGAAGCUGAGCUUCGGUGACAUCCCCUGGCCGGCUCCGAGAGGUACGGUCCAGGAGAUGAUCGAGGUCAUGCUGCAUGGUGUGGACCGAAAGGACGUACCGGCGUUUCGCAAAGCGCUUCGAAAGCAGCAAGCGCUGUGGCACCCCGAUAAAUUCGCGCAGCGAUGUGAAGCUCGAUUGGAGGAGAAGGACAAACAGAAGAUCCUGGAUACAGUCACCGCUCUGUCACAGGAGCUCAACAGACUGGCUCAGAGUUUGAAGACUUGAAAAUCACACCAUGAACGUUAUAUGUGCUCUUCUUGAAAUCCUGUAUGUGUGAAAAGAACCACUGUCACCUAUUUGUGUAGUACUAACACUACCGAACAGAGGACGCAAGCACCAGCUUUUAUCUUGCAGGUGAAUGAGCUCUGCUGAAAACAAGCAAAACUGCUGUGAGCUCAUAUCUGCAUUUACAAACAUUCAGAAGAGCCAUUUAUUCAUAUUGACUGAUGCAACAAUCCUAUAUGGAAAAUGGAGCUUUAAAAAAAAUACAGUAAUUGUAAAUUGUAUGUGUAUCUAAAAAAUAAGUUACCAGUUUUCAGUUUUCCAUACAACAUAAUUCCAGAACUCAGGAGACACCUGUCCAUAAGACUCUGAGGAGAUCAAAAGAUGCACAGUCAUGACAUGUUGGUUGGUUUGUUUUUCUGCCCAUUUGAUCAAAGAAUAAACUUAAUAUAUUGUUUUACUGUA